AUGGGCUUGCGGGACAAGCGGCGGGCUUCAAAGCAGCCUCUGUCGCUGGUGGAUCUGGAGGAGGAGCGGCGCUGGGAGCGAGAGCUUCAUGACCAGAUCAACCCUAGCAGUUUUCCCCCGCCGCUGCCGGACGUGUCCGGUCCGAGCCGGACACAUCGUUGCCGCCGUCCCCAGCCACUCAGCGCGCGACACCUGUCCCGCCGCCGCUCCCGCGCCGCCGGCCCGCGCGGCCCGACCGCCCGUCGCCCGCUCCCGUGCGCCGCCGCACCUCGCCUCUGCCCGCCUCGCCGCUGCACUCCGCCGCCGCUCGCCGCCGUCCCCGCCGCCUCACCGUCGCCGGCUGCCGCCCUCCCGCAUCGCCGCCGCCCCCCGCGCGCCGCGCCGCCGUGCUUCCCCGCCGUCCUCCGCGCCUCCCGCCGCCGGCCGCCGUCGUCCAGGCCCCCUCUGGCGAGCUCCAGCUAUCCCUCCGGCGCGGAUCCGGCGAGAUCCGCCGCCGCAUCGUAA